AUGGAUAAAUACGAAUGGCAGAAGAUGUUCAAAGACAACAAGUUCGUCGACAACUAUAAAACCGGUGAAAAGGUCACCGGAAAAUUCGCCCAGUCACUGCUCGAGCAGAGUGGCAUGGUCAAAUAUGCCAAUUCUAGCCCAGAGAAGUCCCUCGUGGUGUUAGACAAUGCUUGCGGCACUGGGGUUGUCUCGAGUCUUCUUAACCAGCAGCUUAGUGAAAAAGUCAAGAAGAACUGGAACUUGACUUGCGGUGAUAUUACAGAGGGCAUGCUGGCUUACACUCGUAACCGACUUCAGCACGAAGACUGGCAAAAUGUGGAGGUCAAAAACGUGGAUGCACAAGAGACUGGAUUGCCUAGUGCUCACUACACGCACGCGAUUACUGCAUUUGCUUACAUGGCUCUUCCUAAAUCACUGGAAGCUUUGGAUGAAACGUCUCGCAUUCUCCAGCCUGGAGGUACCAUUGCUUUCUCGACCUGGAUUGAACCUGGCUGGAUCACCAUCGUCCAGAAGGCUCUCGAAACUAUCCCCGAGAGCCUACCUUUCCCUACAACUGAAGAAUUUCUCGCUCAUUCCGGCCGUGUCGAAUGGAACUCUGUGCCCUGGAUCGAGUCCCAGCUCAAGCAGCGGGGCUUCGAGAAAAUCAUCGUGAAGGCUGAUACCAAGACCAUCUCACUGCCCGGUCCAGAGUUUGUGGAAAUGGCCAUGAUUAUGUUCCCCGUCAUUACCAAGUCCUUCUGGACAGAGAAACAGCGCGAGGAUCAUGGAGAUAAGGUUCGUCCGGCAUUGGAGAAGUACCUGGAGCAACGCUAUGGAAAGGAUGAGGACGUGCCUAUGGAAUGGACGGCUAUUCUUUCUACGGCUUGCAAGCCAAAUUAA